AAUUUCAAAAUUCAUUGUACCAGCUACAUUCAUCCAUUCUAGACAGUUCUGAAAACUUUUCUCAGCUUUAAAGUGCAACUUGGAAAACUGGGCUCGUAUUUUCAUAGAAGUGGCUCCCUUUACCUGAUCUCAUUAUGCAUUCAUGUUAACUGCUCCUUUCUAAACCCUUGAGGUUAAAACUAAUCGAUCUUGAAGAAAUAAUCAUCAGUUUUUGAUCUUGCUUCUUUCCUCUCAAUUCAACUGUCAACCCUAGACAAAUAUGUACUUGCUCAUGUGACAGGAUAAACACUGGAUUAAAGUUCUGAAAGUAUAGCAAUGAGUGAGUUGCUGAAGUGGGGCACUUCCACUGUGAAAUCUCUGAACCCUGUUAACUGGGGUUUCUGGUCCUAUGACCGUUGCAGCCACUAUGACCCUCAGACCCGUGGGAAGAAGAGUUUUGCACCAUCCUCUCUAAAUGUGGGAGAAGUAGGAGGGUACCCUGGGUUCCUGCACCGUCUGAUGGGUAGCUCAAGAGGGAUCAUGGUGCUGGCAGGGCUGUCUGGUGCAACUGCUGUCAUGUUAGGUGCUUAUGGGGCUCAUGUUUUCCUCCAGAAGCGUGGGACAACAGAUGAAAAGAGGAUUGUCUUUGAGACAGCCAACCGCUACCACUUCCUCCAUUCAAUUGCUCUCCUUGCUGUACCACUCUGUCGACGACCUGGCAUUACAGCAGGACUGAUGGCAUCUGGCAUGGCUAUCUUCUGUGGGACAUGUUACAUCUAUGCCUUCACCAACUGGAACUCUGUUCGCAACAUCACUCCUUACGGGGGAGUCCUUCUCAUCUUGGCAUGGCUUUCAGUGAUGCUGUAAUGUCUGUUUUUUAUAAUUUUUCUGUUACCCAAUAAAACAUUAGGUGUUUUGUUCA